CAUAAGAAGAUCGAAGUUCCAAUGGCAGUUCUAGGUGUUUCCCUUGCCUUGCUAAUUUGGUUUGUUGUCUUAUUCUUUGUUUCAAUAUGGAAGCAGAUUUACAGCAGUUGGAGACUUCCUCCAGGCCCAUUUCCGCUUCCAAUCAUUGGGAACAUCUUCAACUUGGAUAUUAACAAUAUCCCCAAAUCUUUUACAAAGCUAGCUAAACAAUAUGGCCCUGUGUUCACAAUAUAUGUUGGCCCAAGGCGUAUUGUGGUGUUACAUGGGUACAAAGUUGUGAAAGAAGCUCUGCUUGAUCUUAAAAAUGAGUUUGCAGGAAGAGCAGAUAUACCAUCCUUUGAGGCCCAUCAGGAUUCUGGAAUUAUUUUCAGUAACUCAGAGACCUGGAGAGACACACGCCGAUUCUCCCUCAUGGUCCUCAGAGAUUAUGGAAUGGGGAAGAAGAGCAAUGAGGAAAGGAUCCAGAAGGAAGCUCAGUUCCUCCUUGAGGCACUAAGAAAGACAAAUUCCCAGCCCUUUGAUCCAACCUUCAUCCUUGGUGGUGCUCCCUUUAAUGUCAUCUCUGACAUCCUUUUCCACAAGCGCCUUGACUAUUCAGACAAGACAUGUCAGAGGCUAUUACAUAUGUACAAUGAAAACUUCUACUUGUUAAGCACACCCUGGUUGCAGUUAUACAAUAAUGUAGGAUCAUUCUUACGUUACCUACCUGGAAGUCACUGUAGAGUUUUGAAAAAUAUAUCUGAAGCAAAACAGUACGUAUCUGAACAAAUCAAAGAGCAUCAAGAAUUAUUGGAUAUCAACAACCCUCAAGAUUUCACGGACUGUUUACUCAUCCAAAUGGAGAAGGACAAAAAGAAUAAAAAGAAGGGAUUUGACCUAGAAAAUGUAACGGUCACCGUGGCAGAUUUACUUUUCGCUGGAACAGAGACAACCAGUACCACUCUAAGAUAUGGACUCCUAAUUCUUCUAAAGUAUCCAAAAGUAGAAGAAAAACUUCAUGAAGAAAUUGAUCGAGUGAUUGGAUCAGAACGAAUGCCUUCCAUGAAGGACAAAGUAAACAUGCCCUACAUGGAAGCUGUGGUGCAUGAGAUCCAGAGAUUCAUUAAUCUUGUUCCUUCUAACCUGCCCCACAUAAUGAAUCAAGACAUUCAAUUCAGAGGAUAUUUUAUCCCCAAGGGCACAACUGUCUAUCCAACGCUGGACUCUAUUCUGUGGGACAGUAAAGAAUUCCCUAAUCCAGAACAAUUUGACCCAGGGCACUUUCUGAAUGAAAAUGGAAAAUUUAAGUACAGUGACUACUUCAAAGCCUUUUCUGCAGGAAAGCGUGUGUGUGUUGGAGAAGGUCUAGCUCGAAUGGAAUUAUUUUUAUUUUUGACCAUCAUUUUACAACAUUUUAAUUUAAAAUCACUUGUCAGUUCAGAAGAGAUUGAUACCAGCCCAGUUGUUGUCGGUUUUGGCUCUAUCCCACCAGUUUAUAAGCUCUGCCUUAUACCUCGAACAGAGAUAUGAAGAAGGAAUUGUGUUGAACAUUCUAUUCCCUGCUGGAAUCAAGUUUUCUUCUUGGGACUGUAUGGCUCUUGUAAAUAGAGACUGAAUCUACUGUGAAUAAAGACUGAAUCUACUUUGA